UACUGCAGCGGUGUCGCGUCUUCGGCUGGUAUUCCUUUCAGGAAUCUAUUCUACGGAUCUAACGUCCGUUCCGGAUAAACCGAGAAGUAUUAAUAAGCUAGUUGUGUAGUGUUGAAUAAAGUUUUCACAAAGAUGGAAAAACCAGACAUCGUCUACAAUCAGUGCCGCUUCUGCCUGAAGGUGAUCGAAGAGCUCGCUUCCUACUCAAUCUUCUCCGAGGAGCCCCAAUCCAACUCGCUGUACGUCUUUGUCCAGCGGAUGUUGUCCCUGGAGUUCACAGCGGAAAACUCGUACGUCUGUGGCGAUUGUUUCGCGGUGUGGCAAAUGAUCCAGGAUUACGUUCAAUCCUGUGUCCGUGCGAAUCAUAUUUUGCAGAUCAGCACGAAUCUAACGGUCCGGAAACCGUGGUUGGAAACCGAAGAAGAAGGCCGGAUGUUGAUUGCGGUUUGCCGCAGAGUAAAGAAGCUAUCUCACGAGAUGGAGAUUCUCCUGCGAAUGGUGCAGCGGCCACCGAAAAGAAUUCGGAAGCGGAAAAGUACUACGGCGUUUGUACCGGAUGUGGAACCACCGGAAACCGGGAGCGGUAAUGGAGUGAAACGGGAAGAGGAGGUGGAAAUUGACGAUUCGGAGGCGUUUCAGACGGAUGAUCCGAUAGAGGCGAGAAGGAAGGAAAAGCCGGAAGUGACUUCACCGGUGAUAGAACAGAAAGAUGAUCCCCCGGCAAAUGCAAACGAAUCGCUGCUGGACGAUGCAGUGACUAUAAUCGAACCAAGGGUGGAUCAAAUUGAUCUGCUGGAUAGCAGUAGCGAGGAGGAAGAUGAUUCCGACGACGAAGAGGAAGAAGAAGACACAGAGGACAGUCUUCCCCCGGGGCGGAAGAAGAAAUUCGACGAAAACGUGUUGAAAACCGUCUGCCAGCUGUGUGGAGCGACCACAAACGAUAUGGCAAACCAUCUGGAAAGUCACAUCAACGAACCUUUUGUAAGGAAACCUGCGGCGUUCAAAACGCAAACCGAAUCCGACAGUAGCAACAGCAGUAGCAGUAGGAAGCGCAAGCGGAAGCAAAAUCAAACGGCGGCCAAAGCGCCACCCCCACAGGAGUUAACUCUGCAAUGUGAGGUUUGUGGAAUGGAGUUUACCAGCAUGCUGGCGGCGAAACUUCACGCUCGAUCGCAUCCGCUGUAUAGGACGACGAACAAUAGUCGGGUGUAUAAUAGUGGUAAGACGAAACCCGCUGUGAGGAGGGCUUUCUGAUAAAGAAAUUAUUCUAGGCGUUUGA